GUCGCCAAACACUGCCAACAAUCAUGCGCUUUCUUAGUGUUCCAUCAAACGUUACCUACUUCAUCGACUCCAGACACGAGUUGAGAAAUGACUGAAAUCGAAUUGCCCGAUGCACCUGAAGAGCAGAGAUCGGCGAUUGGCAAAGCUGUCGAUCGUCUGAGGAGUCUGAACAAAAUCGUGCUCAUCGUUAUCGCUGUUGUAACCGCGGCAUUACUUGGAUUGGCAAUUGCAGCGGUUGUCUUCCUCAUGGAAGAAUAGCACCGAAUAGAUCAAACCGAACGACUUAUUACUUGUGUUCUUUGUAUUCUAUUGUACCAUACGAUGAUUUCUGCAUUUUUUUUCAAUUUAUGUACAAUUUGAGAGUCAUAUGCACAAUUUAUCAUGCAAUGGAAUCGGUUUUCUCUUUUUUAUGUGAAAAAGUCGAACUUUUUUGAAUAAAUCGUAGAUAGAAUGUUGUAAGUGUUAUCUAUUAUCUCUACUGCA